CAUCAUCAAAUGGACGUCCUAUUGAUUCGAAGGAAGAAGUAGACACAAAGUGAUAUUGAUUCUGAGUCAUUACCAACCAAUCAAUCUCUCAUUUCAUAUCAGCAACCUGAUCCACUUGAACAUAAUUCAUGCAGCACGCAAGACAGCGUGUUCGCAUAUCGGUUUGCGAUAUAUACGGACUAUGACCAAGGAUGCCGGAAAGAUGACGGAAAGCAAAGGGAAUGGAUAUCGUGUGUUGGCCUCUGCUAAAAGGACACCAUCUUCAGAGGUGAAAAAGGAUCCUAAACGUACAAAAAUGGAAGGACAAAGUUCUCCAUCUGCUCAACUUGCGCCAAUCUUUCGUCGAAGAGAUGAUGCAGCUGCAUCUUCUUCAGCGUCGCCAUCUGCGUUGAAAUGGAAGAAACCUCUGGGAGCACAAGGAACAUGCUUAUACGCAGAGUAUGGUAAUCCAUUCGAACGUGAACUGGAAUCAAGACAAAAGAACGGCAAAGUUGGAAAGGUCAAAGUAGCCUGCUUCGAUUUGGACGGUUGUCUAAUAAAGCCCAAGGGAGGUAAGACAUGGCCAUCAGCUACAGACGUAUUUGAUUACGAACAAGCAUUCAAGGGUACAUUUGAACGUGUAAAGCAGGAAUACGAGAGCGGAUCAUGCAUUGCAAUCAUCACCAAUCAAAGUCAAAGUGACCCAAAAUCAAAAAGGCUACAGACGUGGAAGGUAAAAAUUGCAAAUAUCGCACGUGUGAUCGAUUGUCCCAUGAUCAUCUUUGCAGCUAUUGCAAAAGAUGGAUUCAGAAAGCCUGGUAGACUGAUGUGGGAUCAUGGAAUCGUCCAGUCUUACGUCGAAGCAGGUGGAAAUGCAAAGGAUAUCGAUGUAGACCCUUCAAUACCCUUUACCGAACAAAUUUCAUUCUUUGUCGGAGAUGCUGCCGGAAGAGUAGGCGAUCAUGCUGAUACCGAUCGCAAAUGGGCAACCAAUGUUGGAAUUUCCUUCUAUACUCCGGAAGAGUACUUCCUCUCCGAAAAGCCAAAAGCCUACAAGCUGACUGGUUGGCGUCCCGUACUACCUGACGCCAACGACGAAAAAGGAACUCUUCCCUCAAACUUUUUCACUCAGUCUAUGAGCUCAGAUAAGCUUGACCUUGUUCUAUUUGUCGGCCCACCAGCGGCUGGGAAGACUAGCUUUUAUCGUCAACAUUUCGCCGAUCGAGAUUAUGUUUGGGUCAAUCAGGACACUUUGAAAACUGCUGCUAAAUGUCAAAAUGAGGUACGAAAUAGCUUAAAAGCUGGUAGGUCAGUCGUGGUGGACAAUACAAAUAGAAACGUAACAACAAGAUCGCACUAUAUCCAAAUCGCACAAGAAUUGGGUAAUGUUCAAGUUCGAUGUGUAUUCUUUGAUGUAUCCGAAGAACUUUGUUGGCAUAACAAUCUCUUUCGAGUAAGGGCCGGACUGCAACCUAUCAACGAGCCAAGACAAUUGUUACCCAAGCUGGCAAUCUCUAGCUAUUACAAAGGUCUUGAGAUCCCCAAGAAAGAAGAAGGCUUUGAUGCAGAUGUUGUUGUUGUAGAAUGGGCUUUCAGAGGUGGACAAGAGGCAAAGCAAAGAUGGUUAAAGCAAUGGGAAUAAAUAUUGAUUGUAAAGAUAGUACAGUUUUGUAAAAUACAUACGCUUUCCUUUAGCACAAAAGAGCAGUUAAUCUAUUCUC